AUGAAACUCUCAUUGUCAACAGAGUGGUUAUUCUUUCAUCUUUGGAAAAAGAAUCCUGAUACAAAUUCUAGUUGUCCUGGAGUGUUUGUGGCUGAUACAAUUAUUUACAGAUGGGCUCAGCCUUAUUUUUGGUACUUUACAGCCAAAGAUGGUUAGAUAUUAAGAAAGACUAAAGAACGAAUUUUUGUUGAACAGAUUGAAGAAAUAUUCUAGAAAAGUGGUGAUAUUUCAGCUUUAUAUUUAUAAAGCUAACAAAAUAAAAUUAUAUUUGAAUACUUUGAGAAAGGGUAAUUUGUUCAAUUUCUUCAUUAAAGAGAAAAGGCAUUAAAUGCUCUAUUAUAAAAGUUCGUUGAACCAAAAUCAUCUAGAAACUCUAUGAUUAAGGUUUCUUGGAGUCCAUAAUUUUGCUUAUUGUCUAGGAAAACAAAUAACAAUGAUCUUAAAAAUAAUAAAAUAACUAUAGAGGAUAGGUUAGUUACAUUUGAAGGUCCUGAACAUCUAUCCACAACUGAUUCUAUAGCCUCUCCAAUAUUAUCAGCAGAUAUUGAAUAAAUAUGUCUAAAUAUAGUUAAACAUAUUUAAGAUGUUUCUGGAGGUAACAUUUAGAUUUCCAGAAUGGUUUUAUUUUUUAAAAUAGAUGAAAAAAAUAGGUUAUGGCUACUUUUCAGUAGCGGAGUCAAAGUUAGAUAGAAAGUAUAGAUACAAGUUUAUAUGAUAGUUCAUCAACGAAGAAACUGUAUCUGAUUUCCCUAAAUAAAAAGAGAGAAUCUAAUCACCAAUUAUGCUAUUAUAAACUUAAUUGAAAAUUGGAUAGACCUCAAAGUUUUCAGUUGAUACUUAAGGAUUUGUAAAACAAACUGGUAGCAGUUGCAAUAAUUGUUCACUACAAGGAGAAAUGUAUGAACUAACAGUCUAAUAAUACAUAGCAUCUUAUGAUUAGGGGAUAUUUGAUGAAGAAACACUUAUUAUAAGAUAAAAAGUAGCAAAAAAUCCAGUGAAGAAAUCAGACAAUGAAGAGGACUAUUAUGUGGAAGGUUCAUUGAAUAUUCCAGGUCUUCUUUUAAAAAUAUGGGGUAAGAUGGAUAUAGAGAAGUAUAAGAAUUUAAGACACAAUAUGAGUUUUAUGAAUCUAAAAUUAUAAUUAUGUAUAGAUUGCUACCUAAAAUUUACAAGAAUGUAAUUAAAUAUUUAAUAAUUAGACAUGUUGAAUCAAAAAGUGAAAGAGAAGCUAAAUAAACUGUUGUAAGCAUGCCUCCAUUAUGGUAGCCAUCAAAAACCAAGAUCUAAAAUAAUUAAGAAACAUUAACGUUAGUGUCAUCUACAAAAUAAAAUAAAAUAUAUCAUACUCCUGCAAAAUAAGUGUAAUAACCAUCUUAAUAAUAAUAAAAAUAAUAAUCUUAGUAUUAAUCAUAAUAAUAAUCAUAAUAAUCAUAAUAACAAUAAUAAUAAUCAUAAUUUACUAUUUAAUAAUAAUAACCUCAACCUUCAGUUGUAAUUCCUAAAUUAAAUUUGCCUUCAAAGGAAAUAAGUGAACGAGUGAUUGCAACAACUCAUCAUACUGACAGAUAAAGUAAUUUCCCAUCAAAAAGAGUGGCCAAGAUUUAUAAUAAUUUAUAAGGUGUAAGUUUGCCACAUUCUUAGUCAUCUUUAAACACAACAAGAUCUACAAUGUAAAUAUAUAUCAGUAUAAUAUUUAGUACUCAUUCACAACGUAUUGUUAGUAUUCAAUAAUUGAAAGAAAUAUUGCAAACUGAAUAACUUUGA